GUCAAAGUCCACACACGGCCUCCUGUGCCCAGUCUUUUCCCACCUUCCCCUUGUUAUAUUUCCCUUACCCACAAUGAAAUUCCAUUACCAUUGCCUUAGCAGCCACAACAACAACAACUACUACUACCACAACGAAGCUUUCCACACCAAAUCAAAUCAUAAAAAUCCUAGAUAAGAAAAACCCAAUUCCAGAUCAGUGACCAAGAUCGAUGGCAGACGCUCCAGCGUAUGAUCCGAACCUUCCAGCCGUGCCACCAUGGCUAAACAAAGGCGACAACGCCUGGCAGCUGACUGCAGCCACCUUAGUCGGCCUUCAAAGCAUGCCAGGCCUUGUAAUCCUCUACGGCAGCAUCGUCAAGAAGAAGUGGGCCGUCAAUUCAGCUUUUAUGGCACUCUACGCAUUCGCAGCCGCUCUUAUACUCUGGGUUCUCGUCUGCUAUCGCAUGGCCUUUGGAGACAAGCUCUUACCUUUCUGGGGGAAGGGCGCGCCUGCACUCGGCCAGAAAUACCUCAUCGCGCAAGCUAAGAUCCCCGAGAGCGGGCACAACCAUAGAAAUGGAACGAAGGAAUCUCCUAUGACAGAGCCUCUCUAUCCCAUGGCUUCCCUUGUCUAUUUCGAAUUCACAUUUGCUGCCAUCACACUCAUUCUAUUGGCUGGUGGGGUCCUCGGUCGGAUGAAUAUCAAGGCGUGGAUGGCCUUUGUUCCUCUCUGGCUCAUCUUCUCUUACACCGUUGGCGCUUUUAGUCUUUGGGGCGGCGGUUUUCUCUACCAAUGGGGUGUCAUUGACUACUCUGGUGGUUAUGUCAUUCAUGUCUCUUCGGGAAUUGCCGGAUUCGUUGCGGCUUAUUGGGUGGGCCCGAGAUUGAAGAGUGAUAGGGAGAGAUUCCCUCCUAACAACGUCUUGCUGAUGCUGGCGGGUGCUGGGCUUCUAUGGAUGGGGUGGUCUGGAUUCAACGGUGGAACACCUAACGCGGCCAACAUCACCUCAUCGGUAGCUGUUCUCAACACCAAUGUGUGUGCGGCGACGAGCCUUCUUGUAUGGACUUGUUUGGAUGUGGCCUUCUUUGGGAGACCGUCGGUGAUCGGAGCCGUCCAAGGGAUGAUUACUGGACUGGUCUGUAUUACUCCUGGAGCAGGGCUAGUGCAAGGGUGGGCCGCAGUUGUGAUGGGUAUUCUAUCAGGCAGCAUCCCAUGGUUUACAAUGAUGAUUCUCCACAAGAAGUCUACGCUACUGCAGCAGGUGGACGACACGCUCGCUGUAUUCCAUACACAUGCAGUGGCGGGGGCGCUUGGCGGCGCGCUCACGGGCCUCUUCGCAGAGCCUACACUCUGCAGCCUCCUCUUACCAGUGAAGAACUCGAGGGGCGCAUUCUAUGGUGGAAAUGGAGGAGUGCAAUUCCUGAAGCAGCUAGUGGGAGCAUUAUUCGUUAUCGGUUGGAACAUCAUAUCGACGACCGUGAUCCUACUUUUCAUAAGGUUGUUCAUGCCAUUGAGGAUGCCUGAACAUGAGCUUGUUAUCGGAGACGAUGCGGUCCAUGGCGAAGAAGCUUAUGCACUAUGGGGUGAUGGGGAGAAAUAUGAUCCUACAAGGCAUGGAUAUGGCAACUCCGUUGAGAACACGCCGGCCCGCGUCGCUAUAGGUGCACGAGGUGUGACUAUCCAAUUGUAAUGAGAUAGCUAAAAAUGAGAGAGAUUAAUUCACAUCUUUGAGUGCUAUUUUGCUGGGUGUACAGUUAAUGAGUCAUGUUCAUGUGUUACAGGUUGUACAGUCGUGCAAUGGUAUCUAUAUAUCUUUUUGUAGGAGCAUUGACCCUCCACAUGCAUGCACACGUGCUAAUAUGAGACAUGAUUGUGAAA